AAGAUUUAACAAAGUCACAGUCGCAGUUAAAGUUUGUUUUUAUACAUUAGAAAUAGAAAUCUGAGAUUAACUUUAAUUUCUGGGUAGUUACGUCAAGUAGUUUAGAUUUUCCAACGUGUUAGUAAAAAACGAUAACUAUUACUCUAAAUCUUAAAUAUAUAGUCGACUAAUUGAGUAGUGAAAGUAAGAUUGCGAAAUUUUGUUACGGAAAUUAAUUGUGCAAUAAUGAGACAAGGUGUCAGAUCAGUUGUACUUUGUACUUUGAUGAUUAAAACGUGAUAGGAGGAUUCUGGACCAGAGAGGAUGGAUGAAGUCAUUUACACAUGUGUUUAGAUGUAGUGAUCUCAGACAUUUUCAAUAAAAUUCUGCCUAAAACUGAAAAACAUUUUGAAGAAAGGAUGUUUGUGUUGAUUGUUCUCUUCGUUCUUUGUGUGAUGCUUAUAUUCGUCUUCGCAUUUCUUUUGCUAACGUUGGUCGUUCUGGGAUGGAGGAGGGUGAAGUCUUGGAAAUCUUACUGUCACGUCAAAUUUGAUUGGAAAGAACCCUGCGUGGUUGGAGAACCACUCAGAUUUCGUGUUUCGCUGGACAAAUCAAUGACGCCUGGCACUGAUGAUAAUGUAACACCUUCACCUACCAAAUUGCCCGAAUCGGAAGAAUUUUUACGCGAUGUUAACGUAGAAAUACGGCAAGCGUUAGUUUAUCACGAGACCCAUCAACAAACCAAAGUUGAACACGUUAAAGAAGUUGACCCAGCCACGGGAGAAGUCCUUGUCAAGUUCUCGAUUCGACGAUCCGGUUUAUACUUAAUUUCCGUAACGUAUAAAGGACUCCGUGCUGUGGGGUCACCUUUCCGAAAACGAUUCCGGCCUUCGGUCAUUGAUUCUUCCAAGACUAUCUUUCUCCGCCCUAGUCCAACGCUUCUUUGCAUCGCUGGGGAACAAGUAACGUAUGAGAUUCAACCAAGAGAUAAAUAUGGGAACAAUUGCGACGAAAAUAUUUGGGUGAAUGCGGAAAAAAAUAUCGAAAGCAGAUUAAAGUUCAUCCCUAAAUUUGCCGAUGAGAGUUGCAUUGAUAAUAUUGUUUCUCAAGACGAAAUUUCACACGUUUUUAUUACCCGUCCAGACGGAAGCCGUAUCGAAAUUAUUCUCCUUGUCAAUAAACCUGGUGUCUAUAAAGGACAAAUCCUGUACGAUGAUAAGCCAAUAACUAAUGGACAGUUUGAUAUCUUGUCAAUCACUACGCGAGAAAGCAGCCAAAUGUUGAGUAUUGCGAACAACAAUCCAGCUUGGACGCCACACCAAGCGAAUCUACUAGCCAUUGGAAAUGAACAACAGCUAAAACAGAGGAGCGUGUAUUUGUAUGUGUCCCCGAAAUUGUUUUAUGUCCAGGAGUACUUGCUACGGAUAAUCCCACUCAAACUAGCAGUAUACAGAGUAUCGCCCAUGACUAAGAUAAAGAUGAUAUUAACAGAGUCCUCGGGUUUGUCAGACAUCGCUGGAAAUUCUGGAGAAUGUACGUUCUCUAUAUUUGACGGUGUUCAACCUCAGGUCAUGAUACAAAUGGAAGCAUCCAAAGCUCGGACUAUGCUUGCCCUUUAUGUUUCCUUCCUCCAAAAGCGAUUAGGAGGAUCUGAAAAUUUUGAGGGAAAACAGCGUGUAUUUUACCAGGAAUUGCGAGGAACAAUGAAAGAUCUCCGAAUGACAUCUAAACAGAUUGUGGUCACAAGAGCAAGUUUAGUAUAUACGAGUAUGAACGCUACAAAAUAUUUUCGAAAAUCCGACUGGUGUAAAAAUUUUGGAAUAAAGUUUGAAAAUGAAAAUGGGUAUGAUUAUGGAGGCCUCAGAAGGGAAUGGCUUGAACUACUAUGCGUCCAAUUUUUUCAAAAUAAUGAGUUUGGUAUGUUUUCGUCCAUCGGAACUUCAAGACUUGUCCAUCCAACCAAUGCCAAAACUCGUUACCCACUCUGGACAUUGAAACAUUACGAAUUUGCUGGGAAGGUUGUUGGAAAAUGUUUGUUUGAGUCUUCAUGUGGUGACGUCUACACUCAAAUGGUCAAAGCAAAGUUCAGCAAAUCAUUCCUCGCUCAAGUUUUGGGAAUACCUCCAAAUUAUCAACACUUCGAACAAGAUGACCCUGAACUAUUUGUUAGCAAGAUUAAAUACAUCCUUGAAAAUGACGUGACUGACAUGGAACUUACCUUUUCCGAAGAAGAAUAUGACUCCAAUGGCAAACUAGUCAAGACCGUUGAAUUAAUUGCUGGCGGAUCUAAAAAGAAGGUCACCGGUGAAAAUAAAGAGCAAUACCUGAAUGCCUUGGCUCAUUACAGACUCGCUUCAAAAGUGACAAAAGAAAUUGACGCUUUUAAACGAGGUUUGAAUGAGAUCGUUCCAGAAGAACUUUUUACCAGCUUUGAGGAAAACGAACUCGAGCUUCUCAUCUGUGGAAGGAGUGAGUUUGACGUGGAGGACUUGAAAGAAAAUUCCAUCCGCGACUGGAGUUGGGGAAUUACUCCGAAUAAACUCUUUUCCUGGUUCUGCACCGCAGUUUCUAACAUGAAUGAUGACGAAAGAGCAAGACUGCUUCAAUUUACAACCGGAUCUUCACUCCUCCCGCACGGGGGAUUUAAGGCGUUAAAUCCAAAGUUUAAAAUUAGUAUUUCAAACGAGUACGGAAAGCUUCCAAAGGCUCAUACAUGCUUCAAUACCAUUGUUCUUGCCGAUAAUUCUAGCUACGAAGAUUUUGAACGAGCUUUAAGAACUGGAAUUACCGAAGGUGCGGAAGGAUUUUCAUUUACCUGAAAUUAAUUACAUAUGUAGUGGCAUCUUAGAAACAAUAGGCAUGCUAAUGCUCAACUCUGAUAUAAAUAUGCAGCCAAACAAUCACAAAAGACUAUUUUUGCAAUCAUGUAAUAAAACUAGUGAUACUAAUUAUAUUAUAAAGUUUAAUUACCCUUAAAAAUGAGAUUAAUUAUAAUAAAAAUUUAAAAAAUAUA